AUGGCAUCCUCCUCCUCCUCCUCUUCAAGUCGGGAUGUCCCUGUCACUAUCAGCAACAGCAAUAACAACAACAACAAUGCGCCCAGUCUGGACGACUACCGUCAGCGGCACCAUCGAAGGUACGAGGAGCGGGAGGUGGAAGCGGCCAGAGUGGAACAGGAGGACUCGGACUGGGAGUUAGCGAGGACGUUGCAGUGCCAUGAGGAGCUGCGACUGCAACAAGAGAUGGAUCUAAAGCAUGCUGAAGAGGUCCAUCGUGUGCAGGAGAUGGAGCAGAGGCAGAGGGACCACCUCGCUGGGCUUGCGGUUGACGAACAUCUUCCUGAUGAUAGUGGCAUUCGACGGCCUAUGAGGACUGGUUACACUGAGCGCCUCAUUGAUGAUGGGGAGUACACCAUUGGAGAGGAAAGCGAGAGAGAGCUGCUACCUCUAGGGGAUCCAGAUGAGGAGAACCCUUCGGAGAAUCCAACCACACGCCGGCUCCUCAUCAACAGACGAGGCUUUGGUCCAAUAAGGUGGAUUAACGCGAUACUCACGGAUGCCUCCCCCAACGCUUGGAGGUGUUUUGGUGGCGGUGACUGUUGGUGCACUAAGCGGAUCCUCAGUGCUUGCCUAAUGCUACUCACUGUGCUCCUCAUGCUUUUCAUUGUAGUGGCCAUCGCUGUUAUCGAUGUGAACUUGAUAGCAUACUAG